AUGAAACCUUCAGUCGGUCAAUUCGUCAUCCUCCUUCCCGUGGCCCUUGCCGUCGUCAGCUUCAUACUAUCCAUGCUGGCUCUGUUCGCGGGCCGCGAACCAGGUUUCAUGGAAGACUAUGCCGUGGUCAGGCUCAACACCUCCAUGGUCGGACACACCUUCUUCGGCAAGGGCAACAAAGACGACAAGGAUGGCGAGAAGAAAGGGGGCGGUGGUCUUCUAGGCGGCCUCACUCCACGCAUCAGCAUUCCCGGCAUCAGUAGUAUUCCAGGCGGCAAUGUUUUGGGCGACGUCAAGGACUGGGUCGAUGACAAGACGAGCGGCGUAAAGGACAAACUCAACGAUAUCACUGGCUCCAUCGCAGACAAAAUUGUCAAGAAGAUUGGUAUCAAAGAGUGGUACUCGCUGCACAUCAUGGACUCGUGCGAGGGCUACUUCCAGCCAAAUUCCAGCUCGCCGAAUGUCGAGCUGAACGUUACCAAAUGUACUUCGUCAAAUCCGUCACACCGCCUCAACUUGACGGAGCUCCUGGACAAGGAACUCGGAAUUGGCCCUGCAAAACUCAACCUCGCCGACAUCAAGUGGCCCCAAGGCAUCCAGGACACGCUCGACGUCCUCAACAAUGCCCUCCUCGGCCUGCUUAUCAUGUACGCCUUGGGCGCAGGCCUUAGCUUCGUGUCGGCAGUGGGUGGAGUGGCUGCCUUCUUGAAGCCCGAUAUGCGUAUUUUCGCCCUGGUCAAUUUCGUCAUUGGUGGCUUGGGGUUUCUCAGCAUCUUCAUAGGCAGCAUCAUCGUUACCGUUGCCACAAGCACAGGCGUUGGGGCAGUCAACAAAAUCGGGAAUCCGAUCGGCCUCUCCGCGAGCAGAGGCACCAAGUUCUACGCCCUGAGCUGGGUGUCCACGGGAUUCAUGGGCUUUGUCAUGCUGUUCUGGAUGGUCCGUUUCUGCAUGAUAAGGCGGCAGAGACUUUUCAUCAGGGAAAAGCCCUGGAGUUGA